UCGUCCACUCAGUAAAUUGAUGGCCUCAAGAAAAUUUACACGCUCGGGUAUUCAUUAAAAUAAUUUGUGUUUAAGUGAUAUUUUUGAGUUAUGAUAGUGAUUUUUUAAAUUUCGAAAUGCGUUUUCAAUUCACUAGGCGGCAGUGGUCCACUAUUAUUGUUAUUUCGAUUGCAGAUUUUUGUAAUGCUAUUUGUGUUGCGUUACAGGCGCCAUUCUUCCCUCAGGAGGCAGAAAACAAAGGAUGCACAGCAACAGAAUAUGGACUUGUAUUUGGAGUGUUCGAGCUUGUGGUUUUCAUCAUCAGUCCCUUUUAUGGGGCUCAUUUGAACAGGCUUGGACCUAAAGUAGUCUUCAACGCCGGAAUACUGACUACCUCAACAUGUGCUAUACUAUUUGGAUUGCUAGACAAGGUGGACGGUCACGUACCAUUCGUGACUCUAGCAUUUGCAAUACGUAUAGUAGAGGCUUUGGGUAAUGCGGCGUUUUUGACAGCUUCCUUUGCCAUCAUUGCCAAGGAGUUCCCUAAUAAUGUGGCUACUAUGUUUGCAUCCUUGGAAACAUUUUUCGGGCUUGGGUUAAUCGCUGGUCCAAUGAUAGGUGGGGCUCUCUACGGCGUUGGUGGUUACUCUCUGCCCUUCGCUGUACUUGGAGCCACGCUCUUUUGCACAGCAUUGUUAUGCUAUAUCAUUUUACCAAAGUCCUCCGACGAUGAAGAUUAUAAGCAUACAGGACCGUCGAUGCUAACUCUUCUCCGCGUGCCAGGAGUUCUGAUAGCUUCUUUAAGUAUAGUAUCAACUAGUAUGAGUAUUGGGUUCCUUCAAGCUACAUUAGAACCUCAUUUUCGACAAGUUCGUUUCAACUUCUCUCCAGUGGUUUUGGGUUUAAUAUUCGUGAUCAAUGGGGCUUUUUAUGCGGUAUCUGCACCAGCGUGGGGUUGGUUAUGCGACCAUCCCGCGGUUAAACCCAAAUAUAUUACCAGUAUUGGGCACAUGUUUGUGGUGGCCGCUUUCUUGUUAAUUGGCCCAGCACCGUUCUUUAAUAUGCCAACAAUAUUAUGGGUGACAGUUUUGGGUCUGGUGCUCCACGGGCUUGGAAUGGGAAGUCUCCUAGUGUCGUCUUUCUCAGACGCCUUAAGUACUGCUAUUGCAAAUGGCUUCCCAAACUCUAUAGAAACGUAUGGGUUAGUUUCUGGCUUAUGGACCUCGACUUUCGCCCUCGGAGCCUUUAUUGGUCCAUCUGUGUCUGGAGUACUUUUUGAUUCUAUUGGAUUCAGAAGUAGCACAGGGUUUAUCGUCAUACUACAUAUCAUUGUUAUGUUAAUGGUACUGGUAUAUAUGUGGACCUGUGACCGCUCGAAGAUGGAUCUCUCAGUUUCCGCAGGAGACCUUUUGCAAAUGGAUGGGACUCUAGACAAGGGUGUGCUUACUGGGGAGGACUUUAUUCCCGCUGCUAGGCCUAAAAGCCGUCGCUAUGGCAUAAGCCUGGAGCGAUCUCGGCCUCCAGCGAUGAACAGUCUUAUCGCCUGUUCGAGUUAUAAGAACCGCCGCAGCCCCUGGAGUCAGCGUACUCCACGGUACAGGCCUUCGUAUGGUAGCCUGGAUACGAGGUUCAGAGGCACUGUGUCUAUUACAUAGGGACUGCCAAGUGAGUAUACAUAGAGAAUUGAUCAUGGUAGAUAAUGUAAGCGCACUUAUAUCCUGGUUGUUAAAAUGAAGCCAAAGAAUGUUCUCCUAUUCAAAAAUUACUUUAUGCUUAAAGCAAUUAUUUUCAACUAUUAGCGAAUUAAAAAUACGAGUAUACUUUGAAAGAUAUUAUUCAAUAUUUGUGCAUUUACGUUCCAUUCUCUAUGUAUAUGAGUUGAAUGCAUUUAAAACAGGUUUUAUUAAACGGCGUGAUAUAAAAAAAAUCAUAAUAAAUUGAGCGUUAAAAGUAGCUAGUACAGUACGCUGAAUCGUCGCUUUAAAACUAAUAAUGUACAAAAAUAUUCUAUUACUAAAUGUUAUGUACAAAAUAAAUAAUAGUUUUUAUUACAAAUAGUCUUACAUUAUAAACAGUAAAUCCAUAGUUGGUAGGUUGCUCACUAAAAUAGUAAGGCGUUUCAAUUUGUAAUUUGUAUUUUCAAGGCCUUUUUUGAACAAGUAAAAUAUAUAUAGAAAUGAAAGGCAUUUGGAAAGGCCGAUGUUAUAGCACCAAAAAUGAUGAUUUUGUAUCGAUUGGAAUUAAGUUUGAGUCGAGAUAAAAGAAACAUAUGGUUUAAAACAUAGUUCCUGAGUUCUAUUUCUGUCGAAAUAAUUUAAUUAAGACGUUACCACUUACCUAUAUAGAAUAAAUAUUAAUAAUAUAGAAAAUCAGCUACUCAAUUUA